ACUCCCUCGGGUUUGCUGCUGGCUCACAGUCCGCUGCUGCAGGGGAUCCACUUCUGGAGCAGCCUGAGCCCCGUCGCCCCCAUCAGCCCCGCCCGGCUGCAGGGCCACAGCUCCCUCUUCCAGUUCCCCAGCCUAAUCAACGGACACAUGCCCGUCUCCCUCCCAAACCUGGAAGGAACACCCUCCUCUCUGCUUCUGUCCCCCACCACCCACAAAUCCUGAUUCAGGGUCUCCAAAGAUCGUCCACCUCCAGCUGAAAGGUUCUCCUCCAUCAUCAUCAUCUUCUGCAGACAUGCUCACCUUGUUGAAUCCAAAAAAAACCCGACCCCCUCAUCCCAUUUCUUUGUUUUAGUACUUGAGCUGCUCCAGAUUCAAAGCACUUGGUCCAAAGCCAUACAGCACGAUGUCUGAGAGACAUCUGGGA